AUGUUGGAUUUCAUAAAAAUCAAAAAACAACCACCUCCUCCACCACCACUUUAUAUACAGCAGAGCACCCACAGUUAUCUUCAGAAAAGAGAUACGUCUACUACAACAACCAACAAUACAGGUACAAGCAGCUUCACAACACCUUCAACAUCAUUUAUACCUACCUCAUCUUCUACUGCUCAGCCCACGUCACUGCAACCUACUUCAAACUCAGAUACAGAUACAGAUACAGAUACAGAUACAGAUACUGGUAGUACCACCACAUCACUAUCAUCCUCAUCCUCAUCAUCACUGUCAUCGUCAACUGAAAAUUCUUUUCCUCUGUCUCCUUCCCAAUCUACAAGUGAGACAUCUUCAUUUUCAUCCAACGAAUCAACACCAUCCACAGUGUCGUCGUCAAUUCCAACAACUUUGUCAGAUCCGACUACAUCGCCUACUGAAGGAUCUCUGGAACCAGCUCCAAGUACACCUUCAACAACACUGGAAAGUACAAGUUCAUUCGUUAGUUCACCGUCUUCGUCGUCUUCAGUAUCGUCACUGUCAAGUUCGAUACCAACAAGUUCAAGUGAUACCAGCUCAUCGAGUAUGUCUAAUUCAAUUCCAGUAGAGACUACUUCGAGCACAAUACCAAGCUCAAGCUCAAGCUCAAGCUCAAGCUCAAGCUCAUCUGAGUCAAUACUGACAACCAGUUCAGAGAGUUCUACAUCUUUAGUUGAACCUUCGAGCACGGAUAUAAGCUCGGAUCCACCAUCUUCAUCAAGCGAUUCCAGCUCGAGCUCUUCCUCAGACACGUUUAUUCCUUCAAGUUCAUCCGAGUUUUCAUCAUCAUCUGAGAGUAGCUCUUCCUUCCCUUCAUCUUCAUCUGAAUCUAGCAGCUCCAUUUCUAGCUCAACCAAUGAAAGUUCAUCCUCAACGAGCGAAUCAUCAAGCUCAUCAUUUUCAUCAGAAACAUCUUCAUCAUCAUUUUCGAGUGAAACUAUCUCUAGUAGCUCCGAAAGCUCUAGCUUCUCAUCGUCAUCAUCGUCAGAGUUUAGUUCAUCCAGUUCAGAAACUUCAUCAUUCCCCUCGUCAACCUCAGAAUCAUCCUUAUCGAGCAGCUUUUCCAGCUCGUCAGAAACGUCAUCAUUCGAAUCUUCAUCAUCUGAGACUUCUUCUUCGGAGUCAUCUGCAGAGUCAUCAUCAGAAUCAUCAUCACUGACCACAAUUGCAACAACUUCUUCCAGAUCAUCAACAACAUCCUCCGCAUCGUCAUCAUCAAGAACUCGGUCAUCUUCAACACCUUCAUCUACAGAAGAACCAUCCUCAACUGAGGAUUCAGAAACUUCAACAUCUUCAACAGAAACACCUUCAUCAACUACAAGUUUGGGGAAACACAGCUCAAUUUCAUCAUUUACUUCUGAAUCCACUUCCAUCUAUACAUAUCCAGAUACCACAAUCACCUCAGUUGUUGCUAUCCCCACUUCAGCAGUAGUAUCAAAUGAUCUGGGUUCAACUGCUUCACGUAAUUCAAAGCUUAUUGGGGGAUUAGUUGGUUCAAUUGGUGGAACAAUUGUCAUUGGUUGUAUUGUUGUUUUGUUUUUGUUUCUCAAAAAACGUAAGAGACAAAUUACUAAUCAAUCACCCGAUUUCAAUGGUGGAGGUGCAACCAACAGGUUGGGUGCUGGUGAUGAAGAAGAAGAUACUUCACUUGAAGACAAGAAUGACCAUAUUUUCCAUGAUUCACCUAACGGUAACAUGAAACAAUCGAAGCUUGGCUGGUUGACAUCUAUUUUCUCCAAAAAUCAUAAUGGAUCUGGAAACGGAUCAGAUGCUAAUGGAGCAGCUAUUACCGGUAGCAGUGCUGUGGCCGGAGUAGGUGGCAUGGCAGGUGCUGGUAGAUCAAACACGUUCAAGCGAUUAAGGAAUACUGAUGAUUUGGAGAACCAAACUUAUGGAGCGACGCCACAAACUAAUAGGGGAGAUGCUUUUGAUGCCGAUGACGAUGGAUUUGCCUACCGAGGAGUCACCAAUUCCAACAAUUUAGAUUCCAUUUUCCGCUCCAAUGGUAACACUUCAUCAAAUGCCAGAAACUCAUCCUAUUUUGGUAAAAACUCAACGAGAGGUUCAUCCAUUUCAGGAACUGGUGAUACGUUUGUAGCCAGUGAUAGCCCACAAAUGACCACAUCUCCACAAUACCCCAAUGACCAAACGAGAAUGAACUCAUAUGGACAUCCAUUGGCACACCCAGAUGAUUUCAAUUUCGAGGAGUACCCGCAGACUGGAAACGUGAGAACUGUUUCGGGUGGCACCGCUAGAGCCGCUACAGCAACUGCUGGUGCCUCUGCUGCUUUGGCUGCUGCAUCCUCUGCACAUCAUGAACAUCCAUACACAACCACUGCAAGUUCUGAAUAUGAGUCUGAUCCUGUUAACGCUCGAGGACAACACCAACAGAAUUACCACGAUAAUGACGCCGCACUGAUGUCGUCGUCAGCUUCAUCUGACGGUGAUUUCCAUCCUAGUGACUAUGACGACGAGCUGUUUAUUUUACCCGGCGACGAAAUGGUUCAAACUGGUGGAGGAAGUACAGCGCCAAUCGGACAACAACAUCGUGGUGGAUACGUUGUGCCACACGAACAAAACCAACAAAACCAGCCACACCAACUGCCAUUUGACGAGUUUGUUCAUGAACAACAACCUCAAGGAGGACGGGGUGGACUGAAUCAUCCAUAUGCUCGUCCAGGAGCACCUCCGCCUCCACAACAAUACAUGGGCGAAGAGUUUAGAUCAGGUCCAUAUGGUUCAAACAAUUCCUUGUCUAGAUUUCAAGAGGACAUCUCGUGA